CCAACCUACAAGGGAAGCAAUAGAACAAAAUUUACUUCGACGAUUGGUUUCAUUUGUUUUGGCUCGCCGAAUCUGGUUCCCAAGACCACAAAGACGACAUCACUUCUCCCCACGCUGCGUCGCGCUCCCACGGUGCAGGAGCUCUAGGCAUAAUGAAUAUGCAAUACGGCACACCCUCGGGCUUCGGGCCCAUAUUCAACUUUCCUGGUAACCCGGGAACCGGCUACCAGUAUUCCGAAACACAGUUUUCGGGCCACCCCGGCUUUGGGCUCCAAUAUCUGUACCCGUUCCAGGACCAACGCAGCCAGCUUAUGUCGGAGCACAGCGCCGUUGGUGACAGCAAGUCCGAAUCGAAACCCCGGCUGUCCAAGGAGGAAGUCGACAAGCUCGAGAAAAUAUUCCAGGAGAACCCCAAGCCGUCGAGUUCCGUCAAGGCACAACUCGCCGACGAGCUUGGCUUGGAGCGUCCACGUAUAAAUAACUGGUUUCAAAACCGGCGUGCCAAGGCCAAGCAGGAGAAGAGGCAGGAGGAGUACGAGGCACGGAGAAUGGCCGAGAAGGAUCUGAGCUCAUCGUCGACACCGCUCUCCCACGACGAAAACGCCACCGCAGGCGCCCGGCCAAGUUACUUUGCAGAGCCUGUCCCGCAGAGGAUGAACCCUUCGACGGCGCUGUUCCCAGAUUUUGAGCCUGUGGAGGAAGAGGGUUCCGCAGACGGUGCUGCAGCGGAUGACUACGCCAAGGACUUCAGCUCGCACAACGAGAUGGCAUUGGAAGGGAGCCGCGCUCCAUUUCAGUCCUUGCCAGCCCUAGACAUGCAAGCUGCUCACGUUCAGAUGUCCUCGUUCUCUCCCGAGAGUAUCUCGUCGCCAAACUUCGCCUCCAGCUCCACCGCCAACUAUCCGGCGUUUAUGAACACGGGGACGACCCUACAACAAAUGAAGGACAGUGCCGUGACCCCGAACCACGGGCUGCCUUCCCCCGAGGAAGAUGACACUGUUAGCGAAGCUGCACUGCGUGCCCAGUACAACCGGCUGCAGACGCGCAGCUACUCGACUUCGAUGGCCUCGCCUGCUCAUGGAGAGCUCAUCAUGCCACGCUCUUUUGGGGCUGAUGCGUUGGACUCCUUCAAGUCCCCUCCUCCGCCGGCCAACCUUGCUUCUAGGCGGAAAAUCCCUCGCCCUGUUGCUCUACAGACUGCGUCACUGAAGAGCCGGGCGCUGGGUCCUGGCACUACACCAAAGACAGUCUUGGACGGAUCCAGGCGCUUGGAUCCGUCGAGCCCUGCGACUGCCAUGCGCCGUAUCGUCUCUGCCACUGGAAACAUGCCCGGCCGCAUCCAGAAGUCGACCGCGACUCCACGAUCCCCAAUGUUCUUUGGCCGCAACUCUGAGGCUCUUUUGCAGUACCACACUCGGUCGCCGGCAUCGUCAGUCGGGCCCUUGACGUCUCCAUUCUCCGCCGCACCGACGACACCCAUGACGCCUGCUGUGUUGGGCAUGCAACCAGCUGCAGAGCCAGCGGUGAACACGACUGUGGAUGACGAUGCUUUUCUCAUGGACUCAAACACUCCUAUGGGUCUCCCCGGCGACUUCAGAGCAAACAUCAAGACGCCCCCAGGCACACCAGGUCUCAUCAUGCAUUCUGCCGCACACUUCCCUCUGCAAAACUUUGCGUCAAAUUCCGAUCUCGUGGACCAGCCUCUCUUGACUCCUUUCUUCCAGUCAGGUUUCCCGGACCUGCACACGAGAGAAAUGCCCAGCUAUGUCGAUCUGAGCGGGAGCAGCUUACCCGCGACGCCUCUGUAUCCAAACAUGUCGAUGGUGGGGCAGACUUCCCUGGCUGCCCAGACACAUGGUGCCACACAGUUUGACUGGGACGCCAAUGAGUCCGUCACCUCGUCAAGAUCAUCACCGGAUCUCUCCCGAUCUCAUAUCCACUUCAUCCAGAACAUGACGCCAAAUGACUACAGCAUCCACGACCGGUAGCAUGUGGUUCGGCAUUGCCACACGCCAUUGUACAAUCGAGCCGUUCUCUCCAUUUCAAACAUUUUCUCUCACAAGCCCACUCUGGGCUUCUCU